UUUCCACCAGCAGCGACUGUCAGGAGAUAGCUGGGUGGCAGGGACAGGGGGAGAGGGGACCGAGGAGCCAUGUAAGACCCCCGGCUUAUCCAGACAGGAACAACCCGGGAGAAAUGUGAAGUUCAGCAGUUUUGAACGACAAACAAAAGACCGAGUCGUCUGGAGACGAGGAAGAAAAAAAAACAUGAAAUGUUAAAUGUGCGCGCUCAGAAAAUAUCUAGUUUAACUCCAGAAGAAAAAAAUCCCCACAAGUUGAGCAGCCAGGACAUCCCAGCCGGGUUAAAUGUCAGGUGGAGGUGCUGUCAGACUGACGGAAACAGGCAACAGAGAAAAAACCCAAAUUCUUCAGAACAACUAAGACCGGGUCGGUUCGAUUCGGACUGCGGGGCGGAAUGAGUGGAGGUCGCUUUGAGUUUGAUGACGGCGGAGCUUACUGCGGAGGCUGGGAGGGGGGCAAAGCCCACGGCCACGGCAUCUGUACCGGACCCAAGGGCCAAGGGGAGUACUCCGGCUCCUGGAACUAUGGUUUCGAGGUGGUGGGGGUCUACACGUGGCCUAGCGGGAACACCUACGAGGGCUACUGGUCGCAGGGGAAGCGCCACGGUUUGGGUGUGGAAACCAAAGGACACUGGAUUUACAAGGGGGAAUGGACUCAUGGCUUCAAAGGGAGGUACGGGGUCCGGGUGAGUGUUGGCAGCGGGGCCAAGUAUGAAGGGACCUGGAAUAACGGGCUCCAAGAUGGAUACGGAACAGAAACAUAUGCGGAUGGAGGUACUUUCCAGGGUCAGUUCACUGGUGGGAUGCGACAUGGCUAUGGUGUUCGUCAGAGCGUUCCCUAUGGCAUGGCAGCAGUUGUCCGCUCCCCACUUCGUACCUCCUUAACUUCGCUUCGUAGUGAGCACAGCAACGGCACUGUCCUACAGCAAGAUAUCCCUGUCAUCACCACCACCAAUGCCUCAGGUGAAGAGACACCUGUCGUGACCCCGACCCACCUGGGACCAUCGCGUGGAGGCUUCGCUCUCACUCUCCAGGUGGACCCCGAGGCCGUGAAACCCAAGAAGAAAGGCCUUUUUCGCCGGAGCUCUCUGUUGGGAAAGCUGAGGAAGUCUGAGUCGAGCACAUCACUAUCCAGCCAGAAAAGCAAGAUUAGCUUCCUGAGAACGGAAUCAGCUCUCAGCUCCAAUGCCAGCGACACUAACUCUACCAUCAGUGGGGAUGAAAGCCUGGCCGGAGCUGAGGAUUUCCCCCCAGUGGAGGCUGACAUUGACGCUACCACCACGGAGGUCUACAUGGGCGAGUGGAAGAACGACAAGCGUUCAGGAUAUGGAAUAAGUGAAAGGUCCAGUGGGCUGAAGUAUGAGGGCGAGUGGCUCAACAACCAGAGACACGGCUAUGGCUGCACCACGUUUGCUGAGGGAGGGAAGGAGGAGGGCAAGUACAUGAACAACAUGCUGGUCAAGGCCAUGAAGAAGAGGGUGAUUCAGCUGAAGGGAACCAAGAUCAAGCAGAAGGUGGAGCGGGCAGUGGAGGGCGCUCAGAGGGCUGCAGCCAUUGCCAAGCAGAAGGCAGAGAUUGCUGCUUCCAGGACAGCUCAUGCAAAGGGCAAGUCAGAUGGAGCUGAACAGGCAGCUCAGGCCUCCAACAGUGAGUCCAGCAUUGCCAGACUGGUGGCCAAAGAGCUCUCUCCUUCCUUCUACCAACCAGGUCCGGAGUAUCUGAAGAAGAGAGUGCUGCAGGAAGUCGUGGAGGAUGGUGAGAACGUAGAUACCAUCAUGCAUGAACCCCUUUUGGCUGAAGAGGAGCCUCUGCCCACCCCACCUGAAAGUCCUCUACUGAAUGAACUGGACAGCCUGAUGCCAGGUUCGUCCCCGGGCCGCACCCCCUCCCCCAGCCCAGCUAUCAUCAGCAAGGAGGACCCGAAACUACUUGGUCCAAAAGGCUGGAAUGAAGACAAAUCCAGUAAAGGUGGUAGUGUUAAGGGAAGCAGUAAACCCAACAGUGCACCCAGUAGUCGCCCAGCCACUCCUUCCACCUCAGCUGUUGCACCUGAAGGAGGGGGGUCCCUAAGCAGCCGAGGCCCCUCUCGCUCCCCCAGUCGUCAGAGCAACAAGAAUGAGCAGGGCUCUGACCUGGAGAUCAAGCCACUGCAGAAAUUUGAUGGUGAAACAAAAGCUCCGGACAUCAGCCCAGCCCCCACUGAGCCCGUAAGAAACUGCCUCAUCUCGCCAGAUGAAGACGAAGCACCGCGCCCCGCCUCCAAUGUCCCCUCCAUAGCUGUGACCCCUGAGCCGAAAGCCACCGAGGUAAAAACUGAAAGACCUCCAUCAGUCCACGAACGAUCCCCAUCCGUCUCAGAGAAGAAGGUGCAGUCCAGGGAAGGGAGCAGGCCAACCAGCAAAGCAGAGAUGAGGCCAUUACCGAAACGACAGGCCAGUCCAGCUCCACCGCCCAGACCUGCUCCCAGUCUGGAGCCUAAAACAGUCACAAAACAAGUAGAAGCUAAAACCCCGGCCGUCAAACCGUCCCUGAGGGCCACAGCUUUGAUCCCAAGUCAUGAGGUCACUGCAGAAUCUUCAGAACUGGAGGGCCCAAACACCAUCAUGGUCUGCAUGGUGAUCCUGCUCAACAUCGGCCUGGCCAUUCUCUUUGUUCACAUUUUGUCAUGAGACACUUUCUACCACAUCAGGUCUCUGAUGGUGUAGUAGACAGAAGCUGCUGCUCCUCCUUCAUACGGACCACAGAUCAGAAACACCGCUGAUGGUCAGCAGGAAUUCUGCAGUCCGCUUCAGAGUUUUGUUGGCAUAACCAUGUGAGGCUCUGUGGAACUCCUUUCUUUCCAGAACUUAGAGAACCUAAAGGACACUGAACGACUGAAACCUCAAUGAAUAUGAUCAUAUAAAAGUUGCUGGCUGGAUGGCGUCGUAUGUUUUGGAGCUGGCGCUAGAGGCAGGGUGGCACUGCAGAAUUUAACUUGGUCACAGUGUGUCACAGCCUGCCGUCUUUUUGAAGUGUGGUUUUUUAUCAAACCCUUCGUUGGCUCAUUCUGACACUGAAUCGGUAGAUAAUCACAUUUCAUAUGUUUUGUAAGCUAACUGCAGCUGAAUGAAUGUUGGUGUAUACAAAGUGAAUUUUGUCUCCACUGUGCCUCAAACUUGAUUAGAGUCUGCAGCCGACACUGUCUGGUUUUAACUAUCUGACAGAUGUGUUGGGAACGACGUGCGCUUGUGUGUUUCCUGAACACUAGUAUAAACAUAUGUUUUCAUCUGGUUGCUUUUCACUUCCAGGAGAAAGACUCCAAAGUGUCACGACUUCUACUAUUUACCUGCUGUAAAAUCUUCCUGUGAGGUCUGCAACACUGAAUGUCCUCUUUUCUCUGCGUGGUUGUCAUUCUGCUGCCUUUCAUUGGGAAACAGAUAAGAAGACACUGCCUAGAGAUUUCACUGCGUUUCAUAUUCCCAUAAGGGUUCAAAUGAGCAUUUUAAAGCUUUGGUAAACAAAGGGGAAAUGAUACCUGCAGACCAUUUGAUCCAGACUGUACGAUCUAUAGAUUUGUGUCUGUGCAGCUGGAGUUGGGUUGAAAUCCCGGUAAAGCUUGGAAACCUUUCUACUCCAUGCUUCUGCAUUAUAUUCACCACCUGUUGUGCUUAAGGGUCAAACUUUUGUACGCAUGAGUGCACUUUGUGUGCAUGUUUCUGUAUUUUUGUACUUUUUUUGAAGUGCACCUUUUCAUCAUUCAAAACUUUCUGCCUUAAGUUAAUUUUAAUGAAAAGAAAUAAGCCACCUUAGAUGUGCCAGGUUACCUCGAUGCUGAGAUGAAGGAAAGGAUUCCCAACUCCAGGUCUUACAGUGAAAAAAAAAGUAUUUUGGGAGGUUGCUUGAAGAAGAGGUAGCUGUUGUUGUUCUGUCUUUGAGUUUGUUAAUGAAGACUGUAGAUUAAAAAAAGGAAAAACAAAACAAUAUUUAAAAAAAAAACUGGUUUCAAUAAAAGUUCCAUGAUUCUAAAUCUGGGAGUUUCUGUAAUCUGACAUUAUAUUGGUCUGUCCAAACCAGAUCACUCACUUAGUCUAGAAAAACAGAAUUAACAG